GGGGGACUGUUUCGUUUUGGUUAUCAUCAUGUCGAGGAGGCGCUGUUUUCUGCACUGCGAACGUAAAUUCCCUUUGUAUGCACUGCCAAAGGAAGACGAAGUGAAGAACCAGUGGUUAAAAUUCAUUUUCACUACUAUUCCUCAGCAGUACAACCCCAACCUUUUACUGUGCUCCCUUCAUUUUACUGAGAACUGCUUCCUGAACCGGGCACAAUUUAAUGCUGGAUUUUCGCGACGGUUAGUCCUGAGAGACGGGGCAGUCCCCACUCUGGUGGGAAAAUCUGGAGAGUCAGGAUCACAGUCAGGCAGUGAUGGAGGCCUUUGUGGCGUGUUGACCUCUGUCAGACAUGUAGCUUCCCAGACUGAUCCCCCAGAGAGAAGAUCAGUCAGCACACAGCUGUCGAUGAAAACUCUGCAGAAUUCUUUCCGUAGUACAGCUACCCAGGCACGAGUUCCCAGCAGAGAUUGUGGUGUUUGUACCGUAACCUUCCCUUUGGAUAGCCCCAUGCUGUUCCUACAACCAACAUUAGUAAAGAGAUCGCCCAAGAGACCUCGAUUCAGCAUCACAGAUGAUGAGGAAGACCCUCAAAAAUGCAGCUUGUCCAAGGUGGUAUGUAAAGAAGAAGAUUUAACAUGAACGAGGAAUGUCUUUUUGUAGACGUCUUUUCAAGGAGUGGAGUUGGUGACGGACCCACCAAGAAAACAAAGAACUCCGAAAACAAUUCUGAGGUGAAAACCAAGAAAAUGGUUCUUAGUCACUAAUAAUAUGCACAGAAAUGAUCUUUGUGCACAUGCAAAGUUACCUUCAUAUUCAUGACAUUUUGUGAGCAUGUUAGUGAAUGAUUGUUUGAACAGCAGUGUUCAAGUGCACCAAACUUUACACUGGGUCAUGAACUUGUUAUUAACCUCAACCCACCUCAACUGGUAUGUCUAGAUGUUCAGAAAUGAAGUUGACAUUCAUAAUGGUUUUCUACUACACACAGCAGUGCAUGUCUUCAUAUUCUACAAUCACCAGAAAAGAGAAGGUAUUCAAAAGCACAGCUGCCUUCAAAGUGUCCUGCAGCAGGGCGUGAACCACUCACAAACUUAACAAUAUGAAACUCUAAUUAACUGUAAUUGAGGCAUUAAUUUUCUCUCUCUUUAUAACAGCAAGAAGGGGCGUUUCUGGUCCACAUGUUUCUGUUUAAUGAGGGUUUUCAGUCCACCUUUCACACAUUAUUCUGUGGCAUCUUUGUGACUACAAAGCGCUUUCACUUCUACUAAACUCCUUCAUUUAAUUCUCUACAAAACCACGAACUGAAACAAACCAAUGUCUACUUUCAAAAUCCAGGAAAACCAAAGGGGUAAAGUCUGGCUUGGUGGAGUUUCUUGCCCGUUCUGCUGAGCAGACUGUUUCAUUUAAAGUAGUUUGUUUCCAAGUAGUUAAAAAAAAAAAAAAUGCUAACGUGAAAGACUGCUGACCGCAGAGCAGGUCUGCACGAAAACUGAUUUCACUGUUCAUUUUCCUUCACACUUGUCUUUUGUAGCCGCAGUCCAAUAAAUUAAGUCUGAGUCUCUAAGGUUAAGAUGACCUUACUUGUGCUUGAAUUAUUCCUCUAACAUCUAAAUAGCAGAACUUUUUAUCUAAAUUUAUAAGAAACCCCACCACUACUAAUAUUGACCGCUGAUGUGAUUUCCAGUAAGUAAACACUAUUUUCAAAGGUCAAAUGUGAAAAAAAUG